UGUAACGCUCAGGAAGAAGAACCGUAAAAUAAAGGACCCAAACAAGAAGCAAAAACUAAGAUUUUAUUCUAUAGAUGACUCUCUGACAUGUCUGAUUCACCAACUACGGCUAGUUAUUUCAAUAUAUUCAUUACUGGCCAAUUGGAAGCAAUGGAAUUCCCAUUAGGUCCAAAUGCAGCAGAAGUAUUCUGUCGCUAUGAAGUUGUGUACGGUCCGGAUUGGGAGUUGGUAUCCGGUGUACAAAGUGGUAUUUCGCAAACGGCAUCGAAUAGGAGUGGCUACUUUAAAGAUAAAAUAGUAUUUAACUUUCCUUUAGAAUGGACUUUUAAGAGUACAACGCCUUUUGGUUGGCCACAAUUAAUUGUUUGUAUAUAUGGCAAAACACGUUGGGGUGCAGAAACAUCGUUGGGUUAUAGUCGUAUAAAUUUGCCGGUAUUUGGUUCGAAUGCCAACAACCCUAUAGUUAGUCCUAUACUUUGUCCACAAAACAGCAAUAUGGUGUCGGAGCUUGCCAGUUGGAUAACUGGACGUAAUCCUGAAUUAAAAGACCCAAAGGCUUUAUUAAGCAAUGGCAAGUUGAAAGGAAUUUCAGCGGAGUCUUAUGGUGAGGUAAUCUUCAAACUUGCAACUAUAUUAAGAGGUACCGAUAGGUUAGGUUACGAUUGGGGUUGAAGACUUUGAACUCCAAAGAUAUUUCUAAGAUAAAAUAUCUACAAAAUAUAUAUAGAAUCAAUUCCACCAUAUAGUAGUGUUUUUUCAUUUAAAGCAAAACAUAAAAAUUUUGAAGUUUUAGAAACAUUCGUUUGCCUUUAAAAUAAGCGGUGUUUGUGUAAGAAAA